AUGACUAUUGAUGGGGCCUCCCUGGGCGUGAGCGCGUUCAUAUUGAUCGCCCUCGCGGCCCCAUGGGUGCGCAUGCGCUUUCGGGGGCCUGGGACCAUCCAGCUGGCGAGCAUCCACCUCAACAGACGGUGGGGCCGCCUUGAUCGGGAGGCGGACAGCAACAGGAAGACACAGGCAGUCAAUGAAGUAUUGAGGUGCAUCCAUCAGAGGGGGCUGAAUCCUAUUGACCCACAGCUGCUGGAGGACAUAGGGGCUCAUCUGGAGGCUGAAUCACAGCGAGCUUCACGAGUUGUUCCUGCAGCACAGACCACCUGGCUCAUUAUCCUAACUCUGGCAGAGGCGCUGCAGUUCAUCGCAGUGCCCUUUGCCCCUGUGGUUGGAUGGGACAACAGCAGAUUACCAAAGAUUCUCCAAUAUGGCCUCCCACAACACCUUCACAACAACUAUGACACCAUGGAGAUCAUUCUCUGGAUCGUGCUUUCUCCGAUGCUGGCACUAGUGUUCUUGGCUAGCCUUGCGUCUGGCCUGGGCCUCAUCGCAGAGGUUGUGAAGAGAGUUGGGGGCGAAAAUACUAUGGCCCAAAAUGCUUUCUCCAAAGGAGUAUGCUUGGUGGUGCAGUUUGCAGUUGGCCUGUACAUAAGGGUGCAGGAACUGAUGCAGGAGUUUGAGUGUUUGUUUAUGUUUGCUGCCCUGCUGAUGCCAUUCUUCUGCCCCCAGUGCUUUCCGAUCAAGUCAGGCGUUAGUUGUUGGCAGGAGUCCACACACAUCACGUUCAUUGCCCUGAGCUUGCUACAGCUGUUGUGUCAGCUUGGCAUGGUGUGUUGGAACAACCUACUCUUGUACACAUUGUGCUGCCCCUGCAAGCACAGGAGCGCAGCCAGGUCGCCCAUGGGCAAAAUCAUGGAACAAUGCUUCCAAAAGGACGACCACAUGACAUUCUCAUCACAGGCCUGCUUGCAUGACCCAGCCAUCUUGGCUGACAUCGAUCUCAUGGUGCUUGACUUCGACCGGCCCAUGUUCUCAUCCACGUGGUCGGCGUUCAGCGGGUCGCUGAAACUCGUGCUAGCUACUUGCUUCGUCUUCUUCGGCCAGAAGGACGGCUGCAGAUGGAUGCUGUUGGGUCUGGCAAUGUUGUGCUACACUGUGCUGCUUGCGUUGAACUUGUUCAUGGCUCCGUGCACUGUGCACUGGAUCAAUUGUGCCAGGAAUGUGUCGCUGGUCGCCGGCCUAUGGGCUACACUGUGUGGAUUUGCAAUAGCAGGUGGAGGCACGGACUGUUAUGUCCUGGUGAGCCUUGCAGUUGGUCUCUUGAUCAUCGCUGUCGUGGUGCUCCCUGCCGUGAUGGUCUACGGCUUCCGCUCGAUCGAGGUGUAUCGCGGUGCAAGCGCGGUGCUAAGGGACAACCUGCUUAAUUCGUUCCAGAGGAUGGUGGUUCUCUUUCGAUUGCUCAUGGUGAGAGUGACACCCGAGGGAGCGAUCGUUGGUGGCGGCCAGAGGAGUGGAGUGUACACGAUAAAGGGGCUGGAGGUUGCCAGCCCGUCUGGGACCUUGUUCCAGGGCUCGCUGAGGAGACUAAGGGCUGAUGCUGAAGAUUGGAUGGAAUGGGCAGACUGGGGCGCCUUGGUAUGCCCAGCUGCAUGCUGCCCAUGCCUCCCGUGGAUACCCCUGUCCUUACCAGGAGACAGCAGUGUGUGCGAUCUUCGAAAGGGACAGCACAAGGAGAACCAGAAAGUGGAGAUGUCGCCCCACAGCCUCAUCUGCACGUCAACGAGCAAAGUAGAAAAGUGGAUGGAGUCAGCCGAUCUGGUGGUGGAUCCGGAUAGAGACGUGGAGCUCGGGUUCUGCAUGCCUCCUGAUGUUCGCUUUACGAUAGGCGAUGGACCACUGAAUUCAAAUGGUAUUGGACCCCACGACCUCUUUUACGACGCAUCAGCAUUGGGCUUCAAGGUGGGGGGCAAGCACAAAAGGCACCUGUCUGCUGCCCUAUACAGAUCGAGCCUAUGUCAGCAGCAGCCGAAAACCAGCACAAGCAGGAGUGAGGACGAAGGGCCAAGCUGUGGCCACCUGGAUGCACGUGCUGUGCAAACCAUAGAAAGGGCUUACGAGAAACAUGAACCCCAGGUGCCGGUGCCCCAAACACAUGAUCCAGAGGAACGGCCACGCUCCUCGGCUUUUGACACCGGAGGCCCACAGUAG